GCUUUCAAGGGGGAAAAAGAAGGACUGUGGGCUGCCCAAACACUACUAAGCAGUAAGAAAAGCAGUAGGAACCUUGUCUAAAUAACAAUCCUUGUCUAAAUAACAAUCCGAGUGUGAAUCAGGCACUCUGAACCAGAACAUCUGAUUUGCAUUGGCAAGACUGGUGGCUGAUACUUCCGUCUAUGGCUUCUGGGCAGAGCUGGCUAAAGGGCAGUCUUCAUCUGAAUGCACCCGAUCAUCCUUAUCUCUCCUAUCAAGGUUGGAUGGUACAAUGCUGUUCUCCAGCCUGCCUUCCACCUCCCGUACCCAGAGGACACGCUGGCCUUCGUUGUCCUGAGCACCCCUUCAAUGUUUGACAAAGCCCUUAAGCCUUUUGUGAACAAAGAACGGUUAAAAAUCAUCAGGGAUCCCGUGGACCAGUGUGUUUCUCAUCAUUUGUCAUGUGUGAAGGAGAAAUUCCCUGACCAGAAGGUGGAUAUCAUCUAUGAUUACGAGAUUCUGCCAAACCGAAAGCCCAAGUUUUUGGCCCAGACAGCUGCCCAUGUUGCGGGAGCAGCUUAUUACUACCAGAGGAAGGACGUGAAGCUCGAUCCUUGGGGGAAAAAGAGGAUCUAUGGCGUGUGUAUCCAUCCCAAGUAUGGCGGCUGGUUUGCUAUCCGGGCUGUCCUCCUGUUCCCAGAUAUUCAGGUACCACUCCUGGAACAGUCUGCCCCGAUUGACUGUGUGAGCACAGAAGAGAAGAGAAUUCAGUUGCUGGAGCAGUUCAAUUUCCACUGGCAGGACUGGCGCUACCGGGACAUCGUUGAGGUGAAGGAAAGGUACUCGGAGGAGCAGAAGGUCUAUUUCGCCACGCGCCCUGCCGAGCGCUUUGGGCUCCUCGGCCUGCCAGGAGCAGCGCAGCGGGGCGCGCUUCCCUGAGCAGCGCCGUCUCCCGAAGGGACAACGGGAGAGCAGCGUGUAACUCCCAGCACUUCUUCCCUGUGCGCCGAGGAGGAGCACGUGCCGACACAGGGAGCAACCUGGGCAGCUGACCUACAGCAGACACCAGCAUCACAGGCAAGGAGGGAG